CCCCGCCCCUUCCCGCCCCGGCCUCGCGCCCGCCCCCCCCUCGCCUCAUCCUUUCGCCGCCGCCAUCUUGGGAGCAGCAGCAGCAGCAUGCCGCCCAAGGAUGAUAAGAAGAAGAAGGAUGCGGGCAAGUCCGCCAAAAAGGACAAGGAUCCCGUCAACAAGUCCGGCGGCAAGGCCAAGAAGAAGAAGUGGUCCAAAGGGAAGGUGCGAGACAAGCUGAACAACCUGGUCCUGUUCGACAAGGCCACCUACGACAAGCUGUGUAAAGAGGUGCCCAAUUACAAGCUCAUCACGCCAGCGGUUGUCUCAGAAAGGCUGAAGAUUCGAGGCUCUUUGGCUAGGGCCGCCCUCCAGGAACUGCUCAGCAAAGGUUUGAUCAAACUGGUGUCCAAGCACCGAGCCCAAGUUAUCUACACGAGAAACACAAAAGGUGGAGAUGCGCCUGCUGCGGGGGAGGACGCAUAGGAAGCUCUAAACUGAUGCCUGAAAGAGAGCAUAGAUGUCAGGAAGCAGCAGCCUUUAAAGAGAUAACGAAAGCUCCCUCAUCUAUCAAGUAAGACAGUGCUAUGCCUGAUACUUUAGAACAGAAGCUCCCUCAGUUUUCCAGUUAUUUCAGUGAACUGUGGUUCCCAGCAGUCUUCAGCUAGUUGACGCAGGUGUCCGGUGUAUUGAAUUAAAGUGCCAGUGCAACAGGUAUGUGUAAAAGCACAGGUAUGCAAGGCUGGAAAGGUAGCUGGCCCUGACAAGACAGAGACCUUAGUGUGUGUAUUUUCAUCUGGAUUGAGUGCUAUGUGAAGUAAUUCCUUCCUUUGCAUGGAAAGUUUUCUCUGCACACUCACUACCCCAAAAGCUGCUCCAUGAGAAGAAGGAAGCUGCUUACCCACAGCCCAGCAUCAGUUCAUGCUACCCCGAAACUUACCUGGACUGCCACCUCCUGCCGUGGUUCCACACCCGACCAAAGGAAGGGAGCCAGCUGUCGCCUGUCUGAGAGGCAUGGUCAAAAUUGGCACCAACGCGGUCUGCUGGGAGCUUUUUCAAUUUCUGCUUAUCCUCUAAAAGAAUUUAUUCAG